ACAUUCUUACCGGGGGCGAUGAAUCAGGCGACCAAUGUUUUUAUGUUCCAACCUUUUCAAGGCAAAUGGAUUUAGACACUCAGAUGUUUUUUGUCAAGAGGUUGUGCGUCCGGAGCAAUAUUACACAAAUUGAUAAUAGAAUGCGUUGCUUUAUUGGAAGACGCAGGAUUUUAUACUGUUGUAGUCACAAAUGGUGCAUCAUGGAAUCGUACAUGUGGAAGAAAUUUGGCAUGGAUGAACAUACAUGUUCCUGCAAAAAUCCCAUAGAUGAUACUAGGCAGUUGUGGUUUGCAUUAGACUGUUCGCAUCUCAUCAAAUGUUUCCGCAAUUGUGUUGUUCAACAAAAGAUCAACGCCAGAUGGAGUCAUUCGUAUAGCGCAUGUGGGAAUAAGUGACUCGAUUGAUGAGUUAAAUUCUCAAGACAAGACCACACUUGUCGUGUGAUGUGAUAUAUAAGGUGUAAUGAUCGACACUUUUUUUGUGACUAAUAAUGAUGAAUUUUAUUACUCGAGCUCGAAUGAAUAUGACCGUACAGGAUGAACGCCA